UCCGGCGCUUGUUCGGCACAGGCCCCGCUCUUUCAUGCUCGUUGACAGAGUCUGCUUGGUCGUCGACGUGUGUUGCUGACUGGUUGGCAUAGGCGGCGGGUUCCUCCCCAGCACACCCCCUCGCCGCAGCGGAGCCGAGCCCGAUGCCGCCCAAGGCGUCGAAGAAGGACGGCGAGCCGGCGGAGCGCCCCAUCCUCGGCCGCUUCUCCUCGCACCUCAAGAUCGGAAUCGUUGGGUUACCCAAUGUUGGCAAAUCAACUUUCUUCAACAUAGUAACAAAGUUGUCCAUCCCGGCUGAGAACUUCCCAUUCUGUACCAUUGAACCAAAUGAGGCACGGGUACAUGUUCCGGAUGAACGAUUUGACUAUCUUUGCCAACUUUUCAAGCCAAAGAGUGAGGUGGCUGCAUAUCUGGAAAUCAACGACAUAGCCGGGCUUGUUAGAGGAGCAAGUGCAGGGGAGGGUCUGGGCAAUGCCUUCUUAUCCCAUAUACGUGCUGUUGAUGGAAUCUUUCAUGUCUUGAGAGCAUUUGAAGACACGGAAAUCACCCAUAUUGAUGAUACAGUUGAUCCUGUUCGUGAUUUGGAAACUAUUACUCAAGAACUGAGGCUCAAGGAUAUAGAGUUUGUGCAGGCUAAAAUUGAUGACCUUGAGAAGGCAAUGAAGAGGAGCAAUGACAAGCAACUUAAGAUAGACCAUGAAUUAUGUCAGAGGAUCAUGACACAUCUUCAAGACGGGAAAGACCUACGUUUAGGAGAAUGGAAAGCUGCUGAAAUUGAGAUCUUGAAUACCUUUCAGCUGCUUACUGCUAAGCCAGUUGUUUAUUUGGUGAACAUGAGUGAAAAGGACUACCUGAGAAAAAAGAACAAGUUUCUACCAAAGAUACAUGCUUGGGUGAAAGAGCAUGGUGGUGAAACUAUUAUUCCUUUCAGCUGUGCCUUCGAACAGAAACUAGUGGAUAUGCCAGAAGAUGAAGCUGCUAAAUAUUGCACCGAAAACCAAACGACAAGUUUGAUCCCCAAAAUCAUCAAGACUGGUUUUGCAGCAAUUCAUCUCAUAUACUUCUUCACUGCUGGUCACGGCGAGGUGAAGUGCUGGCAGAUCAGACGUCAAAGUAAAGCUCCGCAAGCUGCUGGUGCAAUUCAUACUGAUUUUGAAAGAGGCUUCAUAUGUGCUGAGGUAAUGAAGUUUGAAGAUCUAAAAGAGCUGGGCAGUGAAUCUGCUGUGAAGGCUGCUGGGAAGUACAGGCAGGAAGGGAAGACGUACGUGGUGCAGGAUGGAGACAUCAUCUUCUUCAAGUUCAAUGUUUCUGGAGGCGGAAAGAAGUGAUAAAUUCAUCACAGGGUCGUGUAUUUUUGCAUUUUUGAGUUCACUUGCUAGUAGCCAGGUACUAUCAGUACGGAUUGCAGACUGCGGGGAGGCUAUAUAUAAAUUUUCAUUCGCUCUGCUUUUGAAAUUACUCCUCGAUGUUAUGUGCCAACUGCCAACCGUACGCCUGAACGAUGUUUGAGGCCUCUAUUAGAAAACUGGAAGUUGUAACUUUGUGACUGGACAAGUUUGUCGUAAUUAGGAUACAAAGUUCUUUGUUAUGCAAUUCUA